AUGGUACUUUAUCUGAACGCAUGGCCAGCAUUUAAAGAGCAUCGAAUAGCGGUGGCCGUAGUGCGGUUUAGUGACACAGCGAAAGUGCAGUUUGGAUUUGGAAAAUACCGUAGCCAAAAUGAUAUACUGUACGAGCUGGAGCGAAUCGAGCGUACCGGCGGACGAACAUCAAUUACAGCGGGCAUCGAUGCGACACUUCUAGAAAUAGCUAGAAAUCGACGACCUGAUGCUCGCCUAGUUGUCAUCCUCAUUUCCGAUGGCAACAGUCAGGAUCCAUGGCAGCUUGUACAGGAUUCAGCGAGAAAACUGCGAAGAACAGGUGGUGAAAUAUACGCAGUAACACUAUCCAGGGAGCAAAAUUUUCUGGAGCUUACAGAAUACGCCGGAAAUGCUAGACGCGUGUAUGUCGGUAACAGGAUUAACCAUUUCAUCGAGGUGUGGAGGCGAUUUGAAUUACAUUGCUAA